GGAGAAGGGGGCAGUGCUUCCGGGUGGGAGAGUGGUGACCCUCGGCGGCCGCGGGAAGCCGUGGCGACAGCAGCCAUGGGGGCUCACCUGGUUCGCCGCUACCUGGGCGAUUCCUCGGUGGAGCCCGACCCCCUGCGGAUGCCCACCUUCCCGCCGCACUACGGCUUCCCCGAGCGCAAGGAGCGCGAGAUGGUGGCCACGCAGCAGGAGAUGAACGACGCGCAGCUGACACUCCAGCAGCGGGACUACUGCGCCCACUACCUCAUCCGGCUGCUCAAGUGCAAGCGUGACAGCUUCCCCAACUUCCUGGCCUGCAAGCACGAGCAGCACGACUGGAACUACUGCGAGCACCUCGACUACGUGAUGCGCAUGAAGGAGUAUGAACGCGAGCGGCGGCUGCUCCAGCGGAAGAAGCGGCGUGAGAAGAGGGAGGCAGAGGCGGCCAGGGGCCAGGGGCCCGGAGAGGUGGCUCCGGAGGUGGCUCUAUAGGGGAUCCACCCCCAACCCUGUGGACCAAAGAAAUAAAAGCCUCGAGGCUCCUCAGCUGAGCCCACUCUUA